AUGGAAAUAAUUCCACUUCUUGAAACUCGUAAUGAAUCUAUUAGAAAAAGAAAUGACAAUCAUCUUGAAAGCUUUAGUCUUAUUUGGCUUAAUAAUAAUGAAAAUGUUGACAUCCAAAAAGAAUUACGUAAUACAAUUAAUCAUAUUGAAACAUUUGAUGAUGUUGCAGAAUGUAAAAAUUAUAUUGAAAAAACAUCAGAAAAUGAUCGAUUAGUUCUUGUUACUAAUGGUGAAUUCGGUCAACAAAUUAUUCCUUCAAUUCAUCAAUUAAGACAAAUUUCAUCAAUUUAUAUAAAUUCAGAAGAUAAACAAUGGACAAAUGAUUUUCCUAAGUUAAAAGGUAUUCAUGUUAAAAUGGAUGAACUGGUUUCACAAAUCCAUGAAGAUUAUAAAAAUCCUCGGAAAAUAGAAGAACCUAUAUGGAUGAAUAUGUUUACAACAGUAAAUGAUGCAGGAAAAUCAACAACAGGAAUCAAUGGUCAAUUUGCAUUUUCUCAAUUAUUACUUGAUUGUCUUCUUCGAUUAAAAUCAAAUGAAAAUGAUCGAAAUGAGUUAAUUUCAUAUUGUGAAAAAGAAUAUGAAGAAAAUCAAAAUGAAUUAAACCAUCUUCAUGAAUUUCAGAGCAGUUAUUCAUCGGAUAAUGUUUUAUGGUGGUAUACACGUGAAUCUUUCUUCUAUAAAACAUUAAAUGCGGCUUUAAGAAAAGAAAAUAUUCAUAUGAUUUAUUUAUAUCGUUCAUUUAUUAGUGAUAUACAAAAUCAAUUACAAAAUCAUCAAUGUCAAUAUGCCACUCGUGUUUAUCGAAGUCAAUUAAUGUCAAUUGAUGAAUUAAAUUAUCUUAAAAAUAGUGUUGGACAAUAUGUUUCAGUGAAUUCAUUUCUUUCGACAAGUUUUCAAAAAGAUAUUGCAGAUUUUUAUCUCGGUGAUACAAAUCAUCGAUGGAUCGAUUUUGAAAAAGUUUUAUUUGAAAUUGAUGCUGACCCAAAAGUUGUUACAACAAAACCAUUUGCUGAUAUUAGUCAAUUUAGUGAUUUCAAUGAGGAAUUAGAAGUUCUUUUUAUGCUUGGAUCGAUAUUUCGUUUAAAUUCAAUUAUUCGUGAUGAUGAAAAUCAAUUUUGGAUUAUUCAAAUGUGUUUAUGUAGUAAUGAUGAACAUAAUUUAAAACAAGUUCUUAUGGAUAUGAAAAAUGAAAUUGGAAAUGGUGAAACAAAUCUUUGUAUUUUAGGAAAAGUUGUACGAAGAAUGGGACAUCUCGAUUUAGCGAAGAAAUAUUAUUAUCGUUGUUUAGAUGAACUUUCACAAAAUGAUCCUUUACUUCUUACUGUUUAUAAAGAUUUGGCUAAAAUUGCUUCUCAUGAAAAAGAUUAUGAAGAACAUCUUCGAUUGAGACACAUUUUAGCGAAAAUCAAAGAGAAAAUAAAAUUGAAUGAUAAUGAGAUUGAGACAAGUGAAAUAGAUAAAUUAACCUACAAUAACACAGUACAAAAACGAAAAUCAAAAAAUUAUAUUCGAACACCGACUUGUAAGGAUGGUAUGAAGAACCAAGAUGAAACCGACGUCGACUGUGGUGGUACCACUUGCGCGUCAAAAUGUUUACCUCAACAAGGUUGUGAGUCAAGCUCAGACUGUAUAAGUAACAACUGUAAUACAACAACGAAGAAAUGUCUAACACCGACUUGUAAGGAUGGUAUUAAGAAUCAAGAUGAAACCGACGUCGAUUGUGGUGGUGCAACUUGUCCGCUAAAAUGUUUACCUCAGGAAGGUUCACCGACUUGUAAGGAUGGUGUUAAGAACCAAGAUGAAAGUGAUGUCGAUUGCGGUGGCACGACUUGCAAGUCAAAAUGUUUGCCUGAGCAAAGUUGUAGAUUAAGCUCAGACUGUAGAAGUAACAACUGUAAUACAACAACGAAGAAAUGUCUAACGCCGACUUGCACGGAUGGUGUUAAGAAUCACGAUGAAACCGAUGUCGAUUGUGGCGGUGUAACUUGCUGGUCAAGAUGUUUACCUCAGCGAGGUUCACCGACUUGUACGGAUGGUAUUAAGAACCGAGAUGAAAGUGAUGUCGAUUGCGGUGGUGCAAUUUGCGAGUCAAAAUGUUUACCUCAGCAAGGUUAAUCAAUCAUAAUGUCAACCACAUCAUCAUCACUACCAAAAGCAACCACAACAACAAUUAUAACGACAACGGCAUCGACAUCACCGCUGCCACUAUCAACAGCGAGUACAAGAACAACCACACCGCUACCAAUAACAACUACAACAACAACCGCACGACUACCAACAACAGCUACAACAACAACCACAACACAAAGCACACCACCAUCAAUUACAACAACAAGUACAACAACAACCACACCACUACCAACAACAAAAAUAACUGAAACAAACACAACAGCAACACAAACUACAGUGAAAACAACAACUAUAACAACAACAAUGCGAGCCGCAUCAACUUGUAAGGAUGGUGUUAAGAAUCACGAUGAAACCGAUGUCGAUUGUGGUGGUGCAGUUUGCCCAAAACAAUGUUUACCUCAGCAAGGUUGUACGUCAAGCUCAGACUGUGCAAGUAACAACUGUGACAAAACAACGAAAAAAUGUCUAAAAUCAAAAUGGGAUAAAUGGAAACAAAAUGCCAGCACUGUGGCUGGUGAAAAUGGAGAAGGACAGCAAUUGAAUCAACUCAACCACCCUUUUGGAAUCUUUAUUGAUAAAAAGAAAAAUAUUUUCAUUGCGGAUUACGAUAAUCAUCGUAUUGUUGAAUGGAAAUAUAAUGCAAAAGAAGGACAAAUCAUUGCAGGUGGAAAUAAACAAGGAAAUCUAAUGAAUCAAUUGAAUUCUCCAACGAAUGUGAUUUUUGAUCAACAAAGUCAUUCGAUCAUCAUUGCUGAUCAUGGGAACAGACGAGUGAUCCAAUGGAUGAAUCAAAAUCAACAAAUUCUUAUCGACAAUAUUGAUUGUGUGGCCUUGGCAAUGGAUAAAUAUGGAUUUCUUUAUGUUUCUGAUUAUAAGAACAAUGAAGUGAGACGAUGCAAAAUGGGAGAAUACAACAGCGAAGGAAUUGUAGUGGCAGGUGGAAAUGGAGAAGGAUAUCAACUCAACCAACUAAAUUCUCCUACUUUUAUCUUUGUUGAUGAAGAUCAAUCUGUUUAUAUAUCAGAUAAAGACAAUCAUCGUGUGAUGAAAUGGAGAAAAGGUGCAAAAGAAGGAACAGUUGUGGCUGGAGGAAAUGGUCAAGGAAGAAAUCUUAAUCAAUUGUCUAUAUCUCAAGAAAUAAUUAUUGAUGAUUUGAGUCGAAUCUAUGUGGCAGAUGGAGGGAAUCAUCGAAUAAUGCGUUGGUGUGAAGGAAAAGAAGAAGGUGAAAUUGUUGUUGGUGGAAAUGGUCACGGAAGUCAAUCGAAUCAAUUGAAUGUUCCCAUAGGUUUAUCUUUUGAUGAUGAAGGAAAUCUUUAUGUAGCUGAUUACAAUAAUCAUCGAAUUCAAAAAUUUGAAAUAAUUUUGUGA